ACAAGCACAGGAACUAACCCCCAGGAGAAACCAAGACACGGUUAUUACGAUGAGAAGCAUCCUGUCCCUGGCUGCCAUCCUUCUGGUUCUCACCCUCAUCCAGAGAAGCUUGCAAGCUCCUCUGUUAGAGGCUGGUGACAGUGAAGGUUUUGAGUCACAAGACACGUUAGGGGACGAGUCACGGGAGUCGUCCAACAUGAAGAGACACUCAGAGGGGACCUUCUCCAACGACUACAGCAAAUAUCUGGAGGACCGGAAGGCGCAGGACUUUGUUCAGUGGCUGAUGAACAACAAGCGAAGCGGAGGCACGAAGCGCCACGCGGAUGGAACGUUCACAAGCGACGUAAGCUCCUUCCUGAAGGACCAGGCCAUGAAAGACUUUGUAGCCAGACUCAAGUCUGGCCAAGUCAGAAGAAAGUAGGCUGACCUGCGUUGCCUCUCCCUCGCACCCCGUGUCUGCUUUCCCCCUUGAUGACAGAUACAGAAGCAGCCAAUCACCUGCUUUCCAUCUCUCCGCCUUUCUUUGCCUUCUUCUCAUGUUCACUGUGCUUGUGAGAAAAUAAA